AUACAUACUUGAUAAAAAUAACUUUAGCUGCAAAUAUAAAUAUUAUUCAGAAUACGAAUUUACGGCUUCACAGAUGUAAACAAAGUUGCUGCCAACUUGAUGGUAAAGGUGAAAAAGUCAAAUUAAAAAGUUGUUGAAGGAACACUGAUUGCCAUGGCAUCAAAAGAGGAAUUAGAACAUGCAUACUCUCCUUCAAGAUGGUCUCACAGAAUGGGUCCAGAUGAUGUCAUUAAUGCUCAUAUCAAAGCUCUCACAGAUGGAAGUAAUAAAGCAAAAGAAUGUACAGAUUGUGAGAUAGGUUUCAGUUAUGGUUUGUCAGAGAAAGAGAAAUAUGACGUGUUUGGAGCUCAAACUUUACCUGGUGAUGCUCCUAUAUUUGUAUAUAUACAUGGUGGAUACUGGUCAGCUUUAGGUCGUGAGAUGUCAAGUUUUAUGGUACCCGUGUUAUGUAAGGCUGGUGCUGUAGUUGUUGCAGUGGGAUAUGAUCUUGCUCCACAAGCAAACAUGGAUGUAAUAGUAUCGCAGGUGAAGAAAGCUGUUAGUUUUGUUCUCACCUUGGCAACCAGACGAGGGUCAAGUGGUGUUUAUUUAUGUGGACAUUCAGCUGGUGCCCAUCUGGCAGCUUUAAUGUUGUCACAGAACUGGUUACAGGAAACCAUGGUCAGUCACAGUCUCAUAAAAGGAGGUUUGUUAGUGAGUGGUGUGUAUGAUCUGACACCGUUAGUUAAUACAUAUAUAAAUGAUCCUCUCAAAAUGACACAAGAAAAUGCAGUAAGAAACAGCCCAGUGACACAUCUUGACAAGAUUGCGGAAUUUAGUGAGAAGCGUAGAUUAAUUGUUGCCUAUGGUGAUCAUGACCGGCCUGAAUUCAAGCGUCAGAGUACAGAGUUCAACAGUGCUCUUUUAUAUAAAGGUAUUCUGUCUACGUUGAUGGUCAUAGCAGAUACAGACCAUUUUAAUGUGAUAGAAAAUCUACGUCUGGAGGAAUACAGUCUCAGUCAGGAAAUAAUAAAUUUAAUGAAUCUAAAUAUUGAUACAACACUGGACCAGAUGCAGUCAGCAAAUUUAUCUUAGCGUACAUAUAUAAACACUUUGUGUAAAUUUUAACUCACACCAGAAUGUUUAAAAUGGUACAGGGAACCAGUCGUUCAAACUAGUAGUGUGAUUUGUAUAUAAAUUUGGGAACCAGCUAAGAACAUACUUUAUAUGAGGAAACUGUCCAGCUUGAGAUGGUUGUCUGCUCUACCUAAAUGCUCCCCUCAUUAUUUGUACAAGAAUGGUGUAGGGAACCAGUCUUUCAAACUAGUAGUGUGAAUUGUAUAUAAAUUUCGGAACCAGCUUAAAACAUACUUUAUAUGAGGAAACUGUUCUGCUAGAGAUGGUUAUCUGCUCAAUCUAAAUGCUCCCCUCAUUAUUUGUACAAGAGUAAGCAUAAUUUGUACAAGAGUAAGUUAUAUAAGUUAUAUAAGUUAAAUAAGUCAUAUUGGCAACUUAAAUACAGGGUAUAAUAAAACAUCAAGAAGUACCACUGCUUAAGUGUUAGCAAUUCUCUAACAGUUAACAAAAUAUGUGAACAUAGGAACCUGAAAUGUCAUUUCUUUUGUAUUAAAGUCUAUUACAGUAAUUCAAUAUGGCCGGUUUGAUGUAAAAUUUGUAUACUUGUACUUUUAAAAACACUUUUA